CGCCACUGUGUGUCCAUGUGUAACAAGUUCACUCGACCUCCAGUUCCUCUCUCUGGUACAAUGUAGCACGGGAUCUUUGCCACACGACUGCCUCUGGAAUCACUCAUAUGAUGAUGAAAUGUGUCCCUAAGCCCGAAUGAAGGCUGGGUUCGGUCCUAAACAUGGCAGUUUCAGGCUGGAUGGCAGGGACCCUCCUCCUCACUGGCCUACUCUUCCUAUGUCCGCGUUCCUGUCCGUCCGAAAAGCUGCAAAUCAAGCCCGUAGACUGCACCCGAAAAGAGCACCCAGUGGUCGGCCAUCAAGCGCUGAAGCAGUGGGUGUCUGAGUUCUCCCAUCCCGGCGUGAAAGAUUUCUCCCAGUUGGUUCUGGACCUGAGCAGAAACCAACUUAUUGUUGGAGCGAGAAACUUCCUCUUCAGAUUGAGUAUAAACAACGUCUCCCUCUUGCAGGCGGCUGAGUGGGCACCUGAUGAAGACAUCCGACGUUCAUGUCAGAGCAAGGGAAAGUCAGAGGAGGAGUGUCAAAACUACAUUCGUGUUUUGUCACUCACUGGGAUGACUCUUUUCACAUGUGGGACAAACGCUUUCACUCCCAUUUGCAUGACAAGGCAGAUUGACAACAUUGGUGAAGUGUUAGACACGGUAAACGGUGUGGCCCGCUGUCCCUACGACCCCCGUCACAACUCCACUGCCAUGGUCACUGAGACUGGCGCGUUGUAUGCAGCCACUGUGAUCGACUUCUCCGGACGGGAUCCAGUCAUCUACAGAAGUCUGGGGAAUAUUCCGCCACUGCGAACAGCUCAAUACAAUUCCAAAUGGCUCAAUGAACCUCACUUUGUGUCAGUGUAUGAGAUCGAGCGGUUUGCCUACUUCUUCCUGCGGGAAACGGCUGUUGAAAACGACUGCGGGAAGACGGUGUUCUCUCGAGUGGCCCGGGUGUGCAAGAAUGACAUGGGCGGUCGUUUCCUCUUGGAAGACACCUGGACCACCUUCAUGAAGGCUCGACUCAACUGCUCCCGCUCGGGAGAAAUCCCCUUUUACUACAAUGAGCUUCAAAGCACCUUCUACGAGCCCAAGCAGAACCUGAUCUACGGCAUCUUCACGACCAAUGUCAACAGCUUGUCAGCCUCUGCAGUUUGUGCUUUCAACAUGAGCGGCAUAACUCAAGCCUUCAAUGGACCCUUCCGCUUCCAAGAGAACCCCAGAACAGCAUGGCUGUCCACACCGAAUCCCAUUCCAAAUUUUCAGUGUGGGACACUGGAGGAGGAUGGGCCUGGGGAGAACCUGACAGAAAGAAGUCUCCAGGACGCUCAGAGGCUCUUCCUGAUGAACGACGUGGUCCAGCCCGUGACCGUCAACCCUCUGCUCAGCCAGGACAAUUUGCGGUUUUCUAAGUUAGUGGUGGACACGGUGCAGGGCAAAGAGGACCUCUACCAUGUCCUUUACAUUGGGACAGAAUACGGCACCAUCCUGAAGACUCUCGCCUCCACCGACAAAAACCUCCGUGGAUGCUUCCUGGAGGAACUCAGGAUCCUUCCUGAGGGCCAAAUUGGACCAAUCAAGAGCCUCAGGUUACUUGAGGCAGACAGGUCUCUCUUUGUGGGAUACGAUGACAGACUGGUGAAGAUCCCGUUAGAGCGCUGUUCCAGCUACCUAAGUGAAAGUCAUUGCAUAGAAGCUCGUGACCCCUACUGUGGCUGGGAUCUCAAAGAGAAGAGGUGCACCACACUCCAGGAGAGCAGCAACAUCAACCACUGGAGGCAAAACAUCAGCCAGUGUCCAGUGAGAAACCUCACGCAGGAUGGUGGCUUUGGCCCUUGGACACCGUGGCAAGCGUGUAACCACAACGACGGAGAGGGCGUCAUUAGUAACUGUAUGUGCCGGUCCCGCUCAUGCGACGGACCGGUGGCCCAGUGUGGUGGAGUCGAAUGCAAGGGUCCAACCAUCCAGGUGGCAAACUGUUCAAGGAAUGGAGGUUGGACUCCAUGGUCCUCAUGGGGCCAGUGCAGCAGCACUUGUGGUAUUGGUUUUGAGGUGAGACAGCGGUCGUGCAACAACCCCUCUCCACGUCACGGCGGCCGUGUCUGUGUGGGCCAAGGUCGUGAGGAGAGGUUGUGCAAUGAGAGGAAGCCUUGCCCACUGCCAGUGCUGUGGACGCCGUGGGGAUCCUGGGCUCACUGCAGUGCUGAAUGUGGCGGCGGGGUGCACUCCAGAACUAGAACUUGUGAGAAUGGAAACAGCUGUCCGGGAUGUGCACUGGAAUAUAAGGCGUGUAAUUUGGAAUCGUGCCCAGAGGUUCGGCGAAACACCCCGUGGACUCCUUGGAUGCCAGUUAAUGUUAGCCUCGACGGAUCCCGCCAAGAGCAGAGGUUCCGAUACACUUGUCGAGCACUUCUGUCCGAGCCGCAGCUGCUCCAGCUGGGAAGGAAAAAGAUGGAGAAUCGGUUUUGUCCCAACGAUGGAACUGGAGGAUGUCAAACAGAUUCUCUGGUGAAAGACUUGGUCAGAACCAGCAGCAGGACCUCGUCGCAGCCCAGAGGAGCUCACUGGGGCUCUUGGGAGACGUGGUCCAGCUGUUCCCAGGAGUGUUCAAGAGGUUUUCGAAGCCGUAAACGAGGAUGCUCAUCGGCAGAGGGCCGGACAAAUCCCAGCCUGUGUGUCGGGGCCCCAGUGGAAUACCAGGACUGUAACAUGCAACCAUGCCGAGCAAACGGGGCUUGGUCUUGCUGGUCUUCCUGGUCCCAGUGCUCCGCCCUCUGUGGGGGUGGCCACUAUCAACGCACUCGCGCGUGCAACAAUCCGGCCCCGGCUAAUGGUGGAAAACUCUGUUUAGGCCUCCACACAGAAGAAGCACUGUGCAACACACAUUUAUGUGGAGUGGAUUUCAGUGACUGGACUCAGUGGGGGGACUGCGAUGACCAGGGUCUUCAGCACCGCGUACGUCGCUGUGGUGAGGACCAGCGAGCCGGGGUCCAGCCCUGCCAGGGCAACAUCACCCAGUCCAGGCCGUGCAGGGCUCAUGAGGUCCCAGUCAUUUUACCAGGACAGGAGGAUGAGAACUGUGGAUCCUUCACCGUGUUCCAGCUGAUAGCAGUAGGAAUGGCCAGUUUCUUUGCAGCCGGACUUCUCUCUGCUCUGGUCUUCACCUACUGCCACCACCUGAACCGGGCGUCAGCUGAGUCAGCAGUCAUCCACCCCAGCACACCAAACCACCUCACCUACAACAAGCAAGACAACACUGUGCCAAAGAACGAGAAGUACAUCGCCAUGGAGUUUAAGACGCUCAACAAGAAUAACCUCCGCGUGAAUGAGGAGACCUGCAACCACUUCCCGGCUCCUCUGCCCUCCAGCAACAUGUUCACCGCCACCUACUACCCGCCCAACCUCAGCAAGUAUGACUUCCACCAAGACUCUCCCUGCAGGACAUACAGGCACAGCUGAGUGAAAAAAGAAACAAACAAAUCUUGAAUGCCAAAACUUGUCAGCAGUGACGUCACAAGUUGAAGAAAACACUAACAGGUUAGUGAGAACUGAGGUUAUCACAUCAUUAUGAUCUCCUGCAGAAGACUAGAGGAACAUCCAGAUUUGAGGUUUUGAAAAACUAAAAUAUGAGUACCAACAUCUUGGAAAACAAAGGCAGUUGAAAUCAUAACACAGCACCGAGUCGGACUGUGAAUGCACUGUAUGUUGCAGAGUUUGUCUCGACAGCAGCUAAACAUCCGAGGCAGCUCACUUUAUAACCAAGUUUGUUUUUGUUGCACAUGGAGUCUUCUUUGUUUGUUGGUCCAUCAGUUCCACAUGUCAGACCCGUCCAUUACAGAGCACUGAAGUCAGAGUCAAGCCCAAGGUGGAGACACACUCUCAUUUAUGACUGUAUUAGAGAGCCAAAAAACCUCUGAAUUGAUGACUGAACAACGAUCCAUGGCCAUAUGACAUAAUGAUGAUCAAGAGUGAAGCCACCACACUCCAGCUUUGUUAUUUACUUUAGACGCGAACAUGUGCCUCAUUCUUAAAAUAAAGGGAAAUGCAUUCAAGGGUCAUCAUCCAAAUCAGAAACUGUUUUAGUUCCUUCAGAUCAUCAGAGAACACUGUACGAUUAUGACAUGUCUUUAGGUCACUUUAGCACCUUGUGUUGUCGUUACUCAUUCGCAAAUGUGCCCCAUUCAACACUUUUAAUGUGAGAUGAAGCUCCAUUGAGUAACUGUACAGUUAUUGACCUUGAGGUCUCCAUGAGUCAGAUUUUAUUGAAUGUGAAAGUAGUCUUUGUUGAGCGCUACUUUGCUUGUUUAAAACCUAUAAGCUACAACAGACAGACCGUCUGUGGCGCGGCUGUCGGAUUUUGUUUCCGUAGUAAGAAGGAUUUCAGAUGUGAGAUUCUGUUACACAGUAAACUGAAAUAAAUGUGACAAAGCCCUUCAGCCCUUGCAACGUUUUUGUACCGUUUAUAAUGUGGAAAAACCAAGAUGAAUAAAUGAAAAUGAAGACUAGAAGUUCUUAUUUGUGU